UACGUCAACUAAGUAUGAGAUGUCAGAAGGCGGUUAGAUUGACAGCUGAAAGUUAUUUUUUUUCUAUAAGCACCUACCUUAUUACAUUAAUCGUGAGUCAUAUACAUAAAAGUAUAUUUCUCUUUAAAAUGAUCUUUCAUAUUAGAGAGCGUUACAUUGAACUCCGAAGAUAACGAAGUUCCAUAAAUUAAAACAUGCAGCAUUUACACAUUUGCAGUUUCGUUAUCUGGCUCAUACCCAGUUAAAGCAACAUUAGAAUUGAUUAAUUAUGGCAGUGAACGUUUUUAUAUAGCGAAAUAUUUUUAAAACUUGACGUUUUUGGUUUUCAAUAAAUCGACUUUCUCGUUUAUUUUUUAACACAUGAGUCUGUUGGUUUUUUUCCACUGGUCUUUCAAUCUCGCAUUGUCAGCACGGAGCUCGGUCUCGCGAGGCGCUGGUACCAGACGCUGAGACUUCGCAGAGGAAGAAGAAGUUUGGCUUCGGAUUCUAGAACAAGGAAAAGGGAAGAGCUGCCGAUUGUGCCCUGUAUUAUUAAUUGGAUUGGGAUACACUGAUAUUUAAUUUAAUAGCAUUUUGGAGUCCAAUUGUCCUCGCGUUUUUUCUUCUUUCGCAAAGAGAAAUGAGCUUUUUGUUCGGAAGUCGCUCAUCGAAGACGUUUAAGCCGAAGAAAAAUAUUCCUGAGGGCUCCCACCAGUAUGAGCUCCUGAAACAUGCUGAAGCCACUCUAGGAAGUGGAAACCUUUGCAUGGCUGUCAUGCUGCCUGAAGGGGAAGACUUGAAUGAGUGGGUGGCAGUGAACACUGUAGAUUUCUUCAAUCAGAUCAACAUGCUGUAUGGGACGAUCACUGACUUCUGCACGGAAGAGAGCUGCCCUCUUAUGUCAGCUGGACCCAAGUAUGAGUACCAUUGGGCAGAUGGAACUAAUAUAAAAAAGCCAAUUAAAUGUUCUGCACCGAAAUAUAUUGAUUACUUAAUGACUUGGGUACAGGACCAACUUGAUGAUGAGACACUCUUUCCAUCAAAAAUAGGUGUUCCCUUUCCAAAGAACUUCAUGUCUGUGGCAAAGACCAUCUUGAAGCGUCUGUUUCGGGUGUAUGCCCAUAUAUACCACCAGCACUUUGAUGCUGUAAUUCAGCUACAAGAAGAGGCUCAUCUUAAUACAUCGUUCAAGCAUUUUAUUUAUUUCGUUCAGGAGUUCAACCUGAUAGAUAGAAAAGAGCUUGCUCCUCUUCAGGAACUGAUUGAAAAGCUGACUUCCAAGGACAGAUAAAUGGGGAUAUGCCAGCUCUGUUUUAUUUUCAGUUUCUCCAGUUUCUUUUUUUCUGUACAAACAACUUGCUUCAUUUUAUGUACUACAUUAUGUGAUAAGGAUUAGGGGGAUGUUUCUUAGUGCUGUAGAACUAAGACAGACCGUUGAUGCUUAGCAGAUUGUUGGCAAAUGUUACUUGGGGCAGGUGACUUUAACAUCCUACACAUUCACAUUACUGGUGGGUUAAUGUUUCACAUAUCGCCAGUGUUACUCUGAAGUAAAUCCCUAAACAGAGCUCAUGUCUUAUUCAAGUGCCUAAUCAGGUUCACAGAUAUGUAGGUACAGUCCUGCUGAAAACAGCUGCAAUUACAGUACAUUUAGAUGACUGACAAAAUGCAAUUAAAAUCAGUGCUCUAGAGUUUAUUUAAUGAAUUUAUUUACCUAUGCUUGCUUGGUGAGAUCUGUCUUUGUGCAGAAAAUCUUCACACACUCAAAGGUACUUCCAUUGACCUUCCUGAUGGUACACUACGAAGGUGUUCGGGAUAUAUGUUUUCAUUUUGUUUUGUUUGAGACUUUUAAAAAAUAAUAACUUAUGAAUAGCUAUACUGAACUCUGGCGUUGUAUAAUGAAAGUUGUAUAUUGAACAAUUUACAGAGUAUAUAUGUGUGUACAUUUUUGAAAAACCUCCUUUUUGGAAACAUAGCACUUGUCAGUUUAUUGUGCCACACUACAGGCAGUGAACCUUACACAAAAGAAGAAGAUGCUAGCUACUGGUCCAGGGCAACAUUAUAGUAGUUUCGGCUAUGGAGAAUUAGGUAAAUCUUAGGUCUUAGUGACAGUUUCUCUGUUAAAACAUGGAGAGAGGUUAGCUGAAAAGGAUAGUUCAGUAUAAAAGGCACAGAACAGAUUGGUUUACGAAUACACCAGCCAUGGUACCAUGUAAUCCUUAAGUGGGCAAUGCUGUUUUUUACUUAUUUUCCCAAUUUAAUGGAUCGCUUUGUCUUCACCUAAUUACCUUCACAUUAAGAUUUUAAUUAAACAGCUAGAAAAAUGAAAAAGCUGAUUCACUUGGGAUGAAUCAGAAAGCCUGGUCUGACUGCUUUUCAAGCCGAAUGAUGUUUAUACCCUUUGAUUUUUAUUCUGCUUUGAACACAACUAACAACUUCUGUUGAACUAUUUUGCUAUAAUAGUCAACAAAGGAGUCUCUACAAUGGAACCAAAUUUAAAAAAACCCACAGAAAAGGUUUUGCGCUGUUACUCAUUUUAACUGUCUAGUAAAUGAUUUGUAGUACCUCACACUGGGCAGUUAAAUGUCCAACACUGUGAAUAGCUCUAGUACCAUUGUCCAGUGGCAGCAUAAGAGCACUGGUAAAAGACAGUGAAUUUUCUAAAUGGUUUGAAGUACACACCCUCAGGUUCAGAGAACCUAUUCAAUGGAAUUGAAUUUGAAAUCAGUGGUAGAUUAGGAUGUACUUCAGCAUCUUUGAUAACUUGAAAUUAAAUGCCUUCCUCAAUGUAUCCCCUCAGGAUGCCCCAGUUUUCCCCCACAAAGUGCCAGACUUGCAGACCUUUUUAUCAGUGUAUGGACAGAAUUUUGUUACAGCAUUUAAGUAUAGUGAUUCACUGUGAGCAAUAGCUGAGCCAAAGUCCUGAAGUAAAAGGAGGGCUUUUGAGGGACUUUCAAAUUGUAUUUGAGCUGUAGUUUACUAUGCAAUCUAAUGUGCUUUCCAUUGCACUAGAUAAGUAUUUGCAUAUACAUCCUUGUAGCACUUAAAACUUCAGAAUUAGCUUAAUUUUAGGUAUGAAUAUUAAACUUUGGCUGGAGUGUGGUGGUGUUCUUUUUUCAAAAGGUGUAUAUACAGAUAUUCAGAGUUAUUUAUCCAGAAAUGCAUUGUUACAUGUUAGAGGACACCAGCUGCCUGCAUUUUCAAGGACUGUGGUGGUAAUAGUUAAAAGGAUGUUGCCUGAGGGAAAAAUUACAUAUUUGGGAUUUUUUAAAGCAUUUUGUGUAGUUAAAUGAAAGUUUGUUGUACUUUUACAGUUAUUCAGAUAAUACGACAUUUCUUUUAACUCCAUAGUAAACCUGAUACACAGACUACUUAAAACUGAAUUAAAAUAGAGAGUAAUAGGUCACUCAAAGGACUUCCACAUUAUCUUUCAUUGUAAGGUGCAGACUACAGUAAAUUGCAUUUAACUCAUUCACUGUAAAACUGGUCAUCCGAAGUACUUGCUUUAGUUUAUUCCUGUUAUACUUAUUAGUAUUCUUAUUCAUGUUUUGCACUUUUUUGUUUUUUGUAUUAUUGCUUUUAUUUUAAAGCAUUUUCUGGAGGUUCAAUUUAGCUAAAGUUAAGGAAUGCAGACUGUUCCACAAAACUACAUAUGUUGUAGCAUAUGCAGAAAAUCACACACUACUACUUCAGAGCUCAUUUAAACAUUGGGCAUAGAUUUAUUCAUAGAUGUCCAUUUUAUCAUUUUUAAGGGGUUUAAGUAAAAAGAAUAAGUGACACGUUUAUUUUGAAAAUAAUAUUAUGCGAUCUAAGAUUUGUUUCAUUAAUGUUUAAUGAAGUGUGUUUGGAAGAAACUGAAGAGUUCAUUAUAUAAUGCUGUUUGAACUGACAUACUGUAAAGUACCUGUGCCAACUGUUUUCUGCUCUUGAAAAAAAGAUUCAGGCAGAUUUGUGCUGAUUUGUAAAAAUGCCCAUGUGAAAUUAAUUUUUUAGUUGUAAUAUACAACACAUUUAUGCGGAGAAGGUUGUAAAUAAUGUACACAGACUGUGUUAUGUGGUGGGAUUUAAGAUAUUAAAAUUAUAGGAUUUUGUGGUAUGAUGAAUGCUGUUUAUAAGGACAAUAAAAGCUACCUUUGACCAAA